UCAAUCUAGACGGAGAUCUUACUGCACCUCUCAGCUGCAAGUUUUUUUUCCUCCUCCCUCCCCCUCUCAUCUUCAUCUCGCCCGGAAGAAAUAAAAGCCCGGAAUGAAACUGAAUGAGGAUUUUAUUUGGUGCCUUACGUGUGCGAUAGGUUAGAUUUGCUUUGGCUCUUUCAGAGAGAAUGGCUUUGGAACAGGCAAUUCCUGCAAUUUGGGUAGAGUAAAGAUAUUAUGGAUUUAUUUUAGGCCUUUAUUUUCUUGUCUCAUACCUUUGUUGCUAUGGUAACCUUCCACAUCUCCCAAAUUGCCCUUUCGUCUCCCUUAUGGGUGGUCUGCAUUUCCCCGCCUUCCUUUCCUCUCAACAAUGCAACAACCACUCGCAGGUUUUCUUUCUCACUUAUUUUUCUACGCUUCAAUCCGGUUUUCAUUUGGUCCUAUUAUUACUUUUUUUUUUUUCCUUUUAGCCGUUUUGGAUGUAGAAUUGACGAGGCUGGACUCCAGAUGUCAGCAGACGGAGCCAGCCAAUCACAAAGAGAGAAGUUUGAACGCUUCAGGCCUCAACAAAGUCACGUAUCCCCCAGGCUUCUGGAGGCGAAGAUUUCCAAACAAUGCAUAUAUUUCUCACCUCACACGCACUUGAGUUUAUCAAAAUCCCAAAUACAGAUCGUGUCACUGAACGCGAACAGUCUGAUGUGGAAAUGUUCUGCUGCAAAGGCUUGUAUAAAAAAAAAACAAAAAAACAAAACAAAAGAGGAAGUGCUACCUUCCUUUAUGCCACAUCCUCUCAGUUGUGCUUGUCUUCCUUUUUGACACUCAGAUGAGUUUUGUCUUUGACAGUUAUCUGCAGUUGGGCCUGUUGAUCUCACAGAUCUCAUUAGUGUCUCAGAUCGUAGCGCAGCCCUCCAACUUCCUGCACCCUGGGUUUUAACGCCUUUCUUUUUUGGAGUUAGCGUCUUCAGCAGAAACUCCCCCGGUCUUGUUGUGGUGGCUCUCAGGGAGCUAGCUGAAGCUCUUCCUCGGACGACGUUUGAGAGCCUCUGACUCCUCGGCAGAUUCUUGCCAACAGGUCAGCAAAGUGACCGAGCCGUCCAGAGGAGGGGAGAUGGAGGCCGCCGCUUUUGAGUACCACAAGAAGGAGGAAGCCCUGGAGGUGGAGUCUUUUCAGGGAGAGAAGAGGAAGCUCAUCCAGCCGACAUCCUUGAAAGACCCCAAACUUGAAAACCUAAAGCAGGCCUUGGUGGACUGGAUCAAUAAGACUUUGAAAGCAGAGCACAUUGUGAUACAGAGUCUGGAGGAGGAUCUGUACGAUGGACUCGUCCUCCAUCACCUGCUGGCCAGAUUAGGCAACGUGAAGUUAGACAUGGAGGAGAUAGCGCUGACCAGCUCCUCUCAGCUCCGUAAACUGGAAGCCGUCAUGACAGAGCUGGACAAGAUACUGGGCGUGGAGGACAGCUGCCCGAUCAAAUGGGACGUCAAACUCAUCCACAACAAAGAUCUCCUAGCUACCAUUCAUCUGCUGGUUGCCAUGGCAAAAGCCUUCGACCCAGAGCUAAAUCUGCCACCGAAUGUGAAGAUUGACGUUGUCAUAGUAGAAGUAAGCAAGAGCGGAAUCAAAUCUGAGGUGCAGACCGAAGUCCUGACAGAGGACAGCAAUGCAGGCUCAGACUCCUCUGGCUAUCCUAAAAGGGAAGAUCCCAUUGAGCAACUGCUGAAGCUUGAGGCUAACAAGGUCAACACAGUGAAGAAGGCCAUCUUACACUUCGUCAACCAGAACAUGGCAACCCUGGGUCUGCAGGUGGCUGAUAUGGAAAAACAGUUUGCUGAUGGAGUGAUAUUGCUGCUGCUGAUUGGUCAACUGGAAGGCUUCUUCAUCCCGCUGGUUGACUUCCACCUGACCCCUGUUAACGACGCCGAGAUGCUUCAUAAUGUGACGCUAGCCCUGGAUCUCCUGGAGGAUAUUGGCCUGCAGCUGCCCAAUAUUGACCCGCAAGAUAUCGUCUCUCAGGACGUCGCCGCCACCUUGAAGGUCCUUUACGCCUUGUUCAGGAAGCACAAGAGGAAUUGAGGGAGGAAGACGCUGGACGAAGACGAGCCGAGCUGCUGGGAAUAAACAAGAAGACGGGAGGGGAAAGUGUUCGCUGUGUAAUUUAUUGCUGUAUUUUUGUUUUUUUGGGUCAUACAGAUUCAGACUAAAACAGUGGGAUCUAUUUUGGAACAUUUUUAGAUUUUAUGAAUAGGGGCAUUUUAUGUAGUGUAGGCUAAAUGUGUGUUUUUUUUUAAAUAUAUAUAUAUUUUGUAAAUAUGUUGAGAACUCAGGUUGAAAAGUAAGUCUUGAUUUUUUUUUAAAAGUAUUAAUUUUACUUUUAUUAAAUUGGAGGACAGCAAAUACUUCAGUGUUGGUGGCAGCAGGAAGCUGCUUAAGCGAGUCAGAAAACAUAUUUCUUUAAGAAAGAAAGAGUCAUUCACAGUUUAGACCAGGUUUAGUUUUACAGGUUUUGUGCGAAAAUGAAAAUUGUUUACUGUUGCCACUAAAACCUUUGCAAAGUUUUGUCUACUUUUAUAUUUAUGAAUGUUAUGGUGAAUAAUACAUUUCUCUGACAGUGAUGGUACCAUCAACAUCAACGAUUAUAUUUAAAUUAUUUAAAUUGUAACCGCAGAUGGACGACUAACAAGACUUGCUGCAGAUAAAGAAAUAUUCAAGGUACGGCAUGUGGAUAUAACUUAACUGUAACUUAAUUGACUGCAUGAAUAUUAGGUCAUAUGUGUCCUUGGUUGUGUAUGUAAUUCAAUAAAACUUUACUCCCUGGUAAA